AUGUCUGAAGUCCACGGUGAUGCUGAGCCCGUUGCAACGGGCCACGAGCAGCUGGAGUAUCCUUUAGCGUUGACUCCAAGACAAGUCACUCUGAGGGACCGGGUGACGGUUGCGACGCUGAUGCCGUUUGCCUCUGCUGACGAUAUUCCUCGACCAUUGCUGAAGUAUCUCUCCGACCAAUUUAACAAGGAAAUUGAAAAGGGAGAUACUUAUGCCAUGACGGAACCUAUUCCAUUGGCGCAAUUUGGACGGUAUUGGUUCUCCAACUUCGGUGUGGUCAUGCUGCUCGGCGAUAUCCAAAGUGUUGAGCAGACUCAUUCUAUGGACCGGGCCGGUGCGAACUGGACUAAGAUCUGUCUCGGUGGCUUCCAUAUUCGACCCAACUACCCGGGUCGUAGUAGUCAUGUUUGUAACGGCACUUUCAUUGUCACAGAUGCUGCUCGAAACAAGGGUGUAGGUCGCUUGAUGGGCGAAGCAUACUUGGAGUGGGCGCCCCGGCUAGGCUACACAUAUGCUGUUUUCAAUUUGGUCUAUGAAACCAAUGUUGCCUCCUGCCGCCUAUGGGAUUCAUUAGGCUUCAAGCGGAUUGGCCGAGUCCCUGGUGGAGGCCAGCUAAAAUCCCAACCCGGAGAGUUUGUUGAUGCAAUCAUCUACGGCCGUGGCCUCAGCUUGGAUGGCGAAGACUCUGUUUCACAGGACCGCUUUGAGAAGAUUCGAUAUUACUUGAAGCACUCCAAAUACCCUCGGGGCGCUGAUCGAGCCGAGAAGAGUCGGCUCCGCAGCGCUGCUACUCAUUACAAACUGAUUGGCGGAGACGAUGGCGAACCCGAAAGGCUGAUGUUGAAGGACAAGGAAGUUGUAUCUGAUCCGCAACAGCAGUACGAGAUUGCCAAGGAAGUCCACAUAAAACAACAUGCUGGAAUUAACAAGACCACUGCGGCGAUUGCCGUCAAGUAUCAUUGGGUACGGAUCAAGGAGACUGUGAAUCGAGUGAUUCGAGACUGCCCACAGUGCAAAGAGACACUCAAGGCGCCGCCGAUUCCCGGUACAAAAGAUGAGGACAAUUCCGCAUCGGUUGAAGCUCCCGAGAUGGAAGAAGAAGAAGACUCGAUGGACCACGAACAAACAGAGACAUCUGUAUGGCGACCGAUAUCUCCCAGGCCAUGGACGAAGCACCCGACGAAUCCCCCCAACCACAAUCCGUUCAUGCACCCCGCUGUCCCGGCAAAUGUUCCUGGAACCGUUCACCCCAUGGCAAGCUUCAACCCAAUGCCUCUGGACCCCCAGAUUAUGCAGCUGCAGCAACAGCUACGGCGCUACCAGCAGCAGAACGCCAUGGCCGGUGCUUUUGCACCAGGGCCACAACACAUGAAUAUGUCCAACUUCGAUGAUGCUAUGCGUUACCAUACUGCCAGCAAUGCUUAUCAGAUGAUGGUAGACGAUGGUUCUGACCCCUUCCGACAAGAGGUGCUUGGGUUGAUGAACCACCCGUCACACCAGGAUUUACAACAUGAUGCCGAACUGCUCGCCAAGUACGAAUAUGGCAGUCCAUCGGACGGCAAUUAUGACUUCACUUGA